GCGCGCGCAGCUUACCCGGAAGAGCUUGGCGCUUGGCGCGGCCGAGCGCUAAGAUGGCGGCGGCGUGAGUUGCAUGUUGUGUGAGGAUCCCGGGGCCGCCUCGUUGCUCGGGCCCCGUCAUGGCCGUCACCAUCACGCUCAAAACACUGCAGCAGCAGACCUUCAAGAUCCGCAUGGAGCCUGAUGAGACGGUAAAGGUCCUGAAGGAGAAGAUAGAGGCUGAGAAGGGCCGUGAUGCUUUCCCAGUGGCUGGACAGAAACUCAUCUAUGCCGGCAAGAUCCUGAGCGACGAUGUUCCCAUUAGGGACUACAGAAUUGAUGAGAAGAACUUUGUGGUCGUCAUGGUGACCAAGGCCAAAGCUGGCCAGGGUACCUCAGCACCCCCAGAGGUCUCACCCACUGCCGCCCCUCCGGAGUCCUCCACACCCUUCCCGACGGUCCCUGCCUCAGGCAUGUCCCAACCCCCACCCACCAGCAGAGAGGACCAGAGCCCAUCGGAGGAGUCGGCCACCACGACAUCGCCAGAGUCUCUGUCAGGCUCUGUUCCCUCUUCAGGUAGCAGCGGGCGAGAGGAAGACGCGGCGUCCACGCUAGUGACGGGCUCUGAGUACGAGGCGAUGCUGGCGGAGAUCGUGGCCAUGGGCUACGAGCGUGAGCGGGUGGUGGCCGCCCUGAGAGCCAGCUACAACAACCCGCACCGGGCUGUGGAGUAUCUGCUCACGGGAAUUCCGGGGAGCCCCGAGCCUGAACACAGUGCGGUCCAGGAGAGCCCGGUGCCCGAGCCGUCAGCCACAGAAGCAGCUGGGGAGAACCCCCUGGAGUUCCUGCGGGACCAGCCCCAGUUCCAGAACAUGCGGCAGGUGAUCCAGCAGGACCCAGCGCUGCUGCCCGCCCUGCUCCAGCAGCUGGGCCAGGACAACCCUCAGCUGCUGCAGCAAAUCAGCCGGCACCAGGAGCAGUUCAUCCAGAUGUUGAACGAACCCCCUGGGGAGCUGGCGGACAUCUCAGACGUGGAGGGGGAGGUGGGCGCCAUUGGGGAGGAGGCCCCCCAGAUGAACUACAUCCAGGUGACACCCCAGGAAAAGGAAGCUAUCGAGAGGCCCCCCGGCCCAGCCUGCUCUAAGCUGCUGGCAGGGCCAGGAGGCGACAGAUGGACCCGUCUUGGCCUCUGUCCCAGCUCUGUAGCCAGAUGGAGAGGCGGCUGCUCGCUUCCCAAUCUCCCCCCACACUCCCCCACAAAGUACCCCUGCCCCGCCCUCUGCAGGAUGAGGGGAAGCUGGAACCCCGAACUUUGCUCCUCCACCUGGAGUAGCUCAAGUCUUUCCAUGGGGGGGGGGGAGCCCCCGAGGCCCAGGCCCCACCCUCCCGGCCUUGGCCUCCCGCCUGGGAACGAAGGAUCCUCAGCUCUGGAGGCCAAGGCCGGCUCCACCCCGGAACAGAGCCACGGCUCUGAUGAAGGUUUUGAAGUGAAUAAAAGUUUUAAAAAACCAGCCCUCACAGUGGUUCGUGCCUGCCGGGGGUUGGCGAUGCCAGCUUGCCCAGAGCCGAGGCUGGCUGGCACACGUGACUUGGGAAGGUGGGGAAGGGGAGAGGGCUGGCGAGCCCCUGCAGAUGGGGGGCUCCAGCCUGGCCUCGAGGGUUGCUGCUCCCCCCACACAGUCUGCUUUGGCUACACUUCCCCCCUGGUAAUUGGCUAAUUACUGGAGAUUAAUGUUGGUAAACAGAAGCCUUCGGCACUGCCAUCUGCUCCCCCAUUAUUUGCCU